AUGGCAUUGGCAUUCCUCUUCCAGCAGCUCAGAGGACUUGACAUGGCACCAGACCUCGAUCUCACGGCUUUAAUCGUCGACCAUGGCCAUCGUCCUGAUAGCGGGGAAGAAGCAUUAGCCGUGUCGACGUGGCUGAAGGAUCUAAGUAUCAAAUCCAAGAUUUUGCAAUUGAGAUGGCGUCCGGGCCAGGAUCCGGCUCGGCUGACCAACUUUGAGACCAAAGCGCGUUCACUGCGCUACCAACAGUUUGCGUAUGCAAGUCUGGAAGAGAACAUCAGGUCUCUUUUCCUGGGGCACCAUGCAUCCGACCUGGCCGAGACGGUUAUCCUUCGUUUAGCCAGAGCCCAAAAAUUUAUAUCAGCAGGACUUGGCGGCAUAAAGCCCGUCAAUGACAUACCAUGCUGCGAAAGCGUUUUCGGCGCUUCCUGUAGCCUCGACGAGGCUUCAGCAGUUUCAGAUCUGGUCAGUGCUAGAUCGAAGCGCCCUGCGACGGGCCAGAAUUCCGAGUGCCGAUCUGCAUCUUCCUCUGACGCUGACGAUAACUCUUUUCCAGGUAGAGUUUUGGUAUCAGAACCUGGUAUGAAAAUCUACCGACCGUUGCUAUCAUUUCCUAAAUCUCGGCUCAUUGCAACAUGCGCUCAAAAUGGAGUCCCCUUCAUAACGGAUCCUUCGAAUUUUGACCCUAAGACAACAAGGAGAAACACGAUACGCUGGCUUCUCUCAAACAACAAAUUGCCAAAGGCUCUUCAGACAGAAUCCGUCUUGCAUCUUAGUGCUGCCUCGAUGAGACUGGGCCAGGCCCGAACAAGAAAGGUCGAGGCUCUUAUGAACGCAACACGACUGAUUUACUUUGACACCCGCUCUAGCCUGCUUAGGCUAAUUGUUCCCAGAGACAUCAGUAAUGCUUACAAGCUGUCCGAGCAAGACGCAGCUUACUAUGUGACUCGUCUGCUGAGCCUCGUCUCUCCCCGAACGGAGACUCCGCGCUCUUUCUUGGACAACAUCGACGUGGCAAGAUGGAUGUUCCCCGAACUUUACGUAACCAAUCCUUCCAUUUUGGAUAAGCCACGCGAUCCUCGUUCUAUGACUGCUGGCGACGCUCUGAUUGAACGCUUACCGAGCCUUUCUGGCUGCUGCUGGCAACUAACCCGCCGACCCUUCAGAGCUAACGAAUAUCCUGAGACCGGUUUCUCAUCUACGUCCACUUACUCUAAAGGGGUUGAUAGAUAUUGGUCGGGAUGGAGAGCAUGGGACGGGCGCUUCUGGAUUCGCAUCCAAGCACGUAAUCACCCCUUACUAGAACAGUUUAAGCUUCGUCCUCUACAGCGUCAAGACAUGGAACAGCUGAGAGCACGUGAAGAACUUCUCCCAUUGGCUUUGAAACAGAAGCUGAGGAGAGCAUUCCGAGAUGCAGCUCCUGGGAAAUUGAGAUAUACACUUCCAUUGCUCGUGCAUGGCGAAGAAUUGCGGGGACUUCCAACCUUAGAUAUUGAGCUGCCGUCUAAGGACAGCCUCCAAGGCGACGUGUCUAGUCAGCUUCGAUGGGAGGUACGGUACAAAGGUGUCACAGAAACACUGCAACAUCUGAACCGAGCCGCUAGCCCGUCGCAUGACCUCGUGAAACCUUUAAAUGGCGACCUGAACGGCCAGUUCUCAUCACCCCGCAAUCUCGAGCAAUCGUAA